AUUGAGUGGCAGAUAUUUAUGUGAUCAAUACAGGUUUAAUUGUCAGUGUGAAAGGAUCUUUACUCUUUAGAGAUAAUGGCGCGAGUAGCUUUUGUUUUGAUUGUUGCCGCUGUCGCGAACGGUGUGUGGGCUAUAUCAGGCAUCCAAAAGACCGUGAUCCAAGCUGAGUUCGUAACUCGGGGUCUAUCCUGCUUGAAGAGCAAUCCUCUCACCGUGGAAGACAUCAACUCUCUCAGAAUGCUGAAGUUGCCAGAAAGCAACAAUGCUAAGUGCUUCACCGCUUGUCUGUUCAAGAAUAUUGGUAUUAUGGACAACUCAGGAGCCGUAUCAGCUUCGAAUGCCCGGAAAAAUGCGAAGCAAGUCUUUGCUAAUGAUGAAACCAGUCUCAACAACGUCGAGAAGCUUGUCAAGGAGUGCGAGAAAGUGAAUGCUGAAAAUGUGGCAGAUGACAUGGGUUGCGAUAGAGCUGCUCUAGCGUUCGCCUGUUUAACACAGAAAGGAGCUAAGUAUGGCCUUGACCUCAAGUUUUAAGAAAACAACCUAAACUGGACCACCGAAAAGUACAAACAUGACAAGGAUUUAAGGAUAAACGAAUAAAUGUUCCAUGCCCUUCUACUCAAGAGUUUCAUUGCUCCUGAUUCUAA